GUGUGUGGUUCACACAAUGUCUUCUCCGUUGCUGAGCGACGUACAAUUUCUACAUUUAUUUUACAACACUGGCCAUUCAUGCUUGAUUCAUUAGUUUAUCACAUGGUAUUUGUCAGACAAAAAUGCCUCAAUUAUCCAGUUGCUCUGAGUAUUUUGCUGACAUGCUCGAGUCUGGACUGAUAGCGGACGCUCUUGAGGGGGAAAACAAGCUGAUUCUUUUGGGAGACAGCUGAGCUGAGACACAGGACACCAGGAGCUCUUUCUUAGUUCAGCAAACAAAGCAAUCCUGCUCGGGUGGAGGGUGUGUGAUCAUGUUCUAGCACCCUCCUGUGGCAGAUAAGGACAUGGUGAUCUCAAUCUGCCAGGCUGUGGUCACUUAUGUGCCCCUUCUGUGGUUUGUACGAGUGACUGAUGGGAUGCCUGACCCAGCUCAAAGGGACCUGCUGAUGCGUCAGGAAGCGUUCAGACAGACGGGGGGCCAAGUGGCGCUGACGGCCACCGAGCAGAAGCUUGACGCCUACCUGCAUCAUUUAAAGGAGAAAGAGAUGUCUGCUGCACAGUUUCCCCCUGCGAUCCAUUUCUUCAAAGCCAAGCCUCUCAUCCAGAAGAGUUCAAUUUUCAAAAUGCUGCAGAAGAUGCCUAAAGGUGCAGCCCUCCACAUCCACAGCUCCUCUCUGGUCAGUGUCGAGUGGCUGGUGAAAAACGUCACCUACAGGCCACACUGCUACAUCUGCUUCACGUGGGACAACUCGGUCCGCUUUUUGUUCUCCGACCGCCAGCCCUUCCCACGAUGGGACUGCUUCUACUGGCAACUGCUUGAGACCCUGAGAGCCAAAAUAGGAGAUCCUGCAGGCUUUGAUAACAGUUUAAUGCAGCACCUCACACUGUUCACCGAUGAUCCGGAUGGUGAGUACCCAAACCAAGAUGUUGUGUGGGAGAAGUUUGAGAAAGCUUUUAUUGCAGCUGCUGGGCUAAUCACCCACGCCCCGGUGCUGAGGGACUACUACUACAAAGGUUUAGGGGAGCUUCAGCUUGACAACAUCAUGUAUCUGGAACUGAGGAGCGGGCUCUCGAGGACGUACGAGCUCGAUGGAACCAUUCACGACAAAGGCUGGUGUCUAAAAACAUUUCAAGAAGUUACAAAGAAAUUUAUAGAGGAUCAUCCAGACUUCCUUGGGGCUCGUAUCAUCAUUUCUGUUCACAGGGCUCUGAGUGUAUCUGCGGUCAAAGCAGCGGUGAAAGAAGCCAUUCAGCUGCAAAAGGCCUUCCCAGAUAUUGUUGCAGGAUUUGACAUGGUAGGCAGGGAGAACAGUGUGGGGACCCUUUGGUACUUCAGGGAGGCACUUUCUUUGCCAGCUGAAAUGGGCGUCACUCUACCAUACUUCUUUCAUGCAGGAGAGACAGAUGAUGAAGGAACUGACGUAGAUCAAAACCUCCUCGACGCCCUUCUGUUCAACACAACACGCAUCGGACACGGCUACGCUUUGGCACAUCAUCCACUUGCCAAAGAGCUUUCAAGGAAAAGAAACGUGGCCGUGGAGUUGUGCCCCAUUUCAAACCAGGUACUGAAGCUGGUUUCAGACCUUCGUAACCACCCUGCAGCUGUGCUUAUGUCUGAGGGCCACCCGAUGGUGAUCAGCUCUGAUGACCCGGCUUUGUUCGGCACCACGGGCCUCUCCUAUGACUUCUAUCAAGCCUUUGUUGGCAUCGGAGGGUUAAAAGCAAACCUUGGCACUCUGAAAGAGCUUGCUGUUAACUCUAUCAGGUACAGCUCUCUGCCACCUCAUCUGAAGAACACGGGAUACGCCAUGUGGCAGAACAAAUGGGAUGCCUUCAUUGUUGAUCAUUCAUGACAGCCAAACCACAACGGAUCCUGUUUGACUUGAACUUUUGUACACGUGUACAUGAUACGUGCCAAACAAGCAAACAUCUGCAGGCUGUUGGCAGCCUUUAUUUAAACAGUUCACUGUAACUAUCUCUGUAAAAUGUUGGCUGAAAAGCUUUCAACAUACCCUGAGGUCGUUUGGUAGGAUUUUAUCAGUCAAUAAUAAAUAAAUGGGGCCAAUACUUUGAUUCUUGUCUCCCCCAAUCCAGUCAAAGAAAGUGUUGUAAAAGUGCUUUGAAUCCAAUUAAAUAUACCUAUUAAAUAAAUAUGGCUAUGAAAUGAAUA